AAUUAGAAGAGAAAGACGAAGAAGGAAAAUGGUGAUUGUAGUUGCAGUUGUCACAGAUGAGGGCGGUAAUGUGCGUAGCUAACUGUAGCUAACUUAAAAAUGUGUCUAAUUAAAUAAAUGGUAACGACGGUUCUCGCUAAAGUUUGUUGAAACCGACAAAGGGGAUGUGUGUUGACAUAUUUCACUGGAAUUGACCGUAAACAUUACAGCGAGCAGCCCUCUCUCAGCCUAGUGUUACUGCGGUCAAAAGUAGGACCGAAGAUGACCUCCAGGAAAGUAGUCGAAUUGUUCUACGAUGUGGUUUCUCCAUACUCUUGGCUUGGCUUUGAGGUCAUGUGUCGCUACAGAGAGUUGUGGAACAUAGAGCUCAAACUGCGCCCUGCAUUUCUGGGUGGCGUCAUGCAAGGAUCAGGCAACAAGCCUCCUGGUCUGGUUCCAAACAAAUUCAUGUACAUGACCAAGGAUCUGGACCGCUUGGCAGGGUAUUUCAGUGUUCCCUUGCAGGCUCCAGCUGACCCCUUUGAGGCCAUGUUCAAAAAAGGCUCCCUGUCUGCAAUGCGAUUUGUGGCAGCUGUUCAAGAGAGGGAAAAGGGUGGAGACAAACAGGUGGAGCAGGUGUCCCGGGAGCUCUGGAGAAGGAUCUGGAGCGAGGAUAAAGACAUCACUGAACCUGCAUCACUGUCUGAGGCAGCAAAGAAAGCAGGUUUGUCUGACAGUGAAAUAAAAGACAUGCUGGAGCUGUCCACCUCAAAGGAGAUCAAAGAAAAGCUGAAAAGCACAACACAGGAUGCACUUGAUUUUGGGGCAUUUGGCUUUCCCAUGCUGGUGUGUCAUGUUGAUGGAAAGCCAGAGAUGUUUUUUGGAUGUGACAGAUUUGAGCUCAUGGCCCACUGCAUUGGGGAGAAGUGGCUGGGACCUCAGCCCAGAAAAUCAGCUGCCAAGCUGUGAAAUGGAAGCUAUCUUCAGACAUGUGCUCAAAGAUUCUUCCCAAUUUAAGGAUGUCUUUGAUUUUCUCUAAUACUUCUAAUAAAAAAUUCAUAUUUUGUAUGAUGUGCCUUCUGAAACCAAGCAGCAGAUUUCCACUGACAAAAUAAUAACAAUAACAAAAUAAAUACUGUAACAUACCAUUAUACCACGUAACAUGUGCCAAUUAAAAAAGGGUUACAAAUUCCUGGUGUUCUUUUCUCUGGAAAUACACGGUUUCCAAGAAGGAUUUGGUCGUUUAAUUUCUAAACUACACAAAAAUGUACAUCUGUGGCACAUGGUUGUCAGUAAUCUUGUGUUUGUAACCUCUAUUUUUAGCUUAAUUUGAAAAUACAAAUAGUUUUCUAAAAUGUCAUUUGGUAUCUGCAUUCUGUAUUAAAUGUAAAGAGGGAUUAGAUUUUAAAGUCAGCAAACCCGUUUUUCCCUUAUCUUUAAAUCAGGUAUAUACCAUACUAAAUACAUCAAUCUUACUUCAAGCUCUUAAAGUAAUUUAAAAUACUUUUUUGACACAUUAUAAAUCUGUCUUUGGCUGAGUGGUUACCUCACAGCAAGACGGGCCUGAGUUUAAACCCACUGGCAGGCAAGCAGAGACUUUUCUGUGUGGGUUUCAUCCCCACAGUCCAAACACACAUAGGUUAGGUUGAUUGGAAACUAAAUUGCCCAUAGGUAUGAGUGUGUGUUUUUUUUCUGUCUGUGUUAACUUUGUGGUUGACUGACAACCUGUCCCUCCACUUUCCCAAUGUGACCUGGGACACCCUUCAGUCGCUGCGACACUAAACAGGAUGUGGGUAUAGAGAAUGGAUGGGUGGAUUACACCUUUUGUAAUCAGAUGACUUUCAAAUGACAUAAAAAAACAAAUGAAUUAUAAAUCAAAAUGGUCAAUUUUGGUUGAGGAAUAUAAAUAAAAGGUGGUUGAGAAGUG